GCCAGCGCCGAGGCUGAGCGGGCAGCACCCGCAGGCCAGGCCGAGGGCGCGCUCGGGAACACCGACGCCUCCCGCCCGCCGCGGCGCACGUGCGGGGCCGGGGCCGGGGCCGGGGGCCGGGCUGGGGCGGCUGGGGCGGCUGGGGCGGAUGGAAGCGGCCAGCUCCCGGCGCCGCCGCCGCCCGCCCGCCAGCCCCGGUGGUUGGGCGGAGGAAGCGCGGGACUCCUCCCCGCCGUAUUAACAUGCACCCAGAGGCGGGUGACCAGCCCAGCUCGCGGUGUCCCCGCGCUCAGUCUCUGCGCCAGAGGCGAGCGCUGCGCUCCCGUCGCCGCGAUCCCGGGGACACGGCCUCUUCGACACCUGGAGCCCCGGUGAAGCGGCAGCAUCAGCAUCAGCAUCAGCAUCAGUGGCAGGAGCGGCCGCAGCCGCCUCGGCUCCACUCCCAAGUCCUUCCCCUCACCCCGCGGAGAGCCUGUCCCGACCCGGGACACCCCUUUCACCCUCCGUCCUCCGAAGCUGCCGGGACUGACAGACGGUCGCAGGGAGGACCGAGGGCCGGACUGCGAGCAGCGGCAAGCACAUGGUGAGCAGUGCUCUGGGGAGCCUUCUAUGAUUACAACUUGCACCUUUUCCUGGGACACUCUUAAAAGGAUCAGCAGACAUCCAAUUUACUCACAUAUAAUCCCAGAUUAAUGGAGUUUUUGCAGAGCUGAUUACACUUGAUUUACCAAGACUGGAACAGUCACACAUCACGUGCCCCGAGUGGUAACGGGCUAAAAAACUGCAAAGUUUGGAUCUGUUCCUGUCUUACAAGCUAGAAAAAUGGAGAAUUGAUAUUCAAAGGUCUUGGCGGGAGACGGGUCUGGAACCUGACCACGGGGUGUCCAUGACCCCCGCGGUUGCGCCCCAUCAGCAAUGAAAGGGUUAUCCGGCAGCCGCAGCCAUCACCACGGAGUCACCUGCGAUUCCGCCUGUGACUCGCACCACUCGGACCGCAAGCCAUACCUGCUGAGCCCAGUGGAGCACCACCCGGCUGACCACCCUUACUACACGCAGCGCAACUCCUUCCAGGCCGAGUGCGUGGGCCCCUUCAGCGACCCGCUGGCCAGCAGCACCUUCCCGCGCAGGCACUACAACUCGCAGCAGGAGCUGAAGGACGAGUGCGCCCUCGUGCCCCGCACCCUGGCCACCAAGGCCAAUCGCAUCCCCCCGAACCUCCUGGACCAGUUUGAGAGGCAGCUGCCGCUCAGCCGGGAUGGGUACCACACGCUGCAGUACAAGCGCACAGCCCUGGAGCACCGCAGCGACAGCCCGGGCCGCAUCCGCCACCUGGUCCACUCGGUCCAGAAGCUCUUCACCAAGUCGCACUCCUUGGAGGGACCAUCCAAAGGCAGCGUCAACGGGGGCAAAGCCAGCCCCGACGAAACACAGACCGUGAGGUAUGGCAAGCGCAGCAAGAGCAAGGAGAGGCGCCCGGAGCCCAAGGCCCGGCCCAACACCUCCCCCAACACCUCCCCGGGCUGGUGGAGCUCCGACGACAACCUGGACAGCGACAUGUGCAUCUACCACUCUCCGUCGGGCGUGAUGACCAUGGGCAGGUGCCCUGACCGCUCGGCCUCGCAGUACUUCAUGGAGACCUACAACACCAUCAGUGAGCAGGCGGUCAAGGCCUCCCGGAGUAACAACGACGUCAAGUGCUCCACCUGUGCCCACCUGCCCGUCAACCUGGACGCGCCGCUCCUGAAGAAGAGCGCCUGGUCGUCCACGCUGACGGUGAGCCGCGCCCGGGAGGUCUACCAGAAGGCCUCGGUGAACGUGGACCAGGCCAUGGUGAAGUCUGAGACGUGUCAGCAAGAACGUUCCUGCCAGUACCUUCAGGUUCCUCAAGAUGAAUGGACAGGGUAUACCCCUCGAGGUAAAGAUGAUGAAAUUCCAUGCCGAAGAAUGCGGAGUGGCAGUUAUAUCAAAGCCAUGGGAGAUGAAGACAGUGGUGACUCGGACACAAGCCCCAAGCCGUCUCCCAAAGUUGCUGCACGAAGAGAAAGCUAUCUCAAGGCUACUCAGCCAUCCCUUACAGAACUCACCACACUCAAGAUUUCCAAUGAACACUCCCCCAAACUCCAGAUCCGGAGUCACAGUUACUUGAGGGCAGUAAGUGAAGUCUCCAUCAACCGAAGCCUGGACAGCCUUGACCCUGCAGGCCUGCUCACGUCACCGAAGUUCCGCUCCAGGAAUGAGAGCUACAUGCGAGCCAUGAGCACCAUCAGCCAGGUGAGCGAGAUGGAAGUGAACGGGCAGUUCGAGUCCGUGUGCGAGUCGGUGUUCAGCGAGCUGGAGUCCCAGGCGGUGGAAGCUCUGGACCUGCCGGUGCCCGGCUGCUUCCGCAUGCGGAGCCACAGCUACGUGCGGGCCAUCGAGAAGGGCUGCUCCCAGGACGACGAGUGCGUGUCCCUGAGGUCCUCCUCCCCGCCGCGCACCACCACCACCGUGAGGACCAUUCAGAGCAGCACGGGUGUCAUAAAACUGAGUUCUGCAGUUGAAGUGUCAUCUUGCAUUACAACAUAUAAGAAGACACCACCUCCAGUCCCACCCAGAACUACCACGAAACCUUUCAUUUCUAUCACAGCCCAGAGUAGCACAGAGUCUGCCCAGGAUGCCUACAUGGACGGACAGGGCCAGCGAGGAGAUAUUAUCAGCCAGUCUGGACUGAGCAACUCCACGGAGAGCCUGGACAGUAUGAAGGCUCUGACAGCCGCCAUCGAAGCCGCCAAUGCCCAGAUCCAUGGCCCUGCAAGUCAACACAUGGGCAACAACCCUGCCACCAUCACCACCACGACCACCAUAGCCACCAUCACUACAGAGGACAGGAAGAAGGAUCACUUUAAGAAAAAUCGAUGCCUGUCAAUUGGGAUACAGGUGGAUGAUGCUGAAGAACCUGACAAAACAGGGGAAAAUAAAGCACCCAGUAAGUUCCAGUCCGUAGGAGUGCAAGUAGAAGAAGAAAAGUGCUUCCGCAGGUUCACCCGAUCCAACAGUGUGACGACGGCAGUGCAGGCUGACCUGGACUUCCACGACAACCUGGAAAACUCUCUGGAGUCUAUAGAGGACAAUUCGUGCCCGGGCCCCGCGGCCAGGCAGUUCUCCCGGGACGCCAGCACCUCCACCGUCAGCAUUCAGGGCUCAGGAAACCACUACCACGCCUGUGCGGCCGACGACGAUUUCGACGCGGAUUUUGACCCUUCGAUCCUGCCUCCCCCGGACCCCUGGAUUGACUCGAUCACCGAAGACCCCAUGGAGGCCGUUCAAAGGUCAGUGUGCCACCGGGAUGGCCACUGGUUUCUGAAGCUUCUGCAGGCGGAGCGAGACCGCAUGGAAGGCUGGUGCCAGCAGAUGGAGAGAGAAGAGCGGGAGAACAACCUGCCGGAAGACAUUCUAGGGAAAAUCCGAACGGCAGUUGGCAGUGCCCAACUUCUCAUGGCCCAGAAAUUCUACCAGUUCAGAGAACUGUGUGAAGAAAACCUGAACCCUAAUGCUCAUCCAAGGCCCACCUCCCAGGAUUUGGCGGGGUUCUGGGACAUGCUGCAGUUGUCCAUAGAAAAUAUUAGUAUGAAAUUUGAUGAACUCCAUCAGUUAAAGGCCAAUAAUUGGAAACAGAUGGAUCCUCUUGACAAGAAGGAGAGAAGGGCCCCUCCUCCAGUGCCAAAGAAGCCGGCGAAGGGCCCCGCGCCGCUGAUCCGGGAGCGCUCGCUGGAGAGCUCGCAGCGCCAGGAGGCCCGCAAGCGCCUGAUGGCCGCCAGGCGCGCCGCGUCCGUCCGCCAGAACUCGGCCACCGAGAGCGCCGAGAGCAUCGAGAUCUACAUCCCCGAGGCGCAGACCCGGCUCUGAGGCGCCCGGGCGCGCCCCCGCGGCGGCACCCCAGGACCCGCCGACCCGCCCGCCCGCCUCCUCCCCC